UACAUGCAAUGAGGUGUAAAUAACUGGAACUAUCUGCCGUUCUUAUGCUUUCUCACUCUAUUGAUAUAAUUAUAACUUCAUCACCAUGAAGAAAAGAACAGUGGUUUUCAUAUUGUCAGUGCUUGUGGGAGUCUUUAAUCUUUGUGCAGGGUCCAGUACGCCACAGGUAAAAAGUAGGUGUGAUGAAAAACAAAAGAUUACAUCCAAAACAGAAUGUGUCUCAUGUUCUUUAAAUUAUGCUAAAAAUUGUUCCUAUGGCUUUGAGAAAGUCAGCACAGGGAGUGGAAUGAGAGACUGCCGGUAUUUUCUGGACAUAAAAGCCUACUCUCUCUCAUUACCUGGUUGUCGACAUAUGUGUACUAUGGAAACACUUCAGCCAAAGUGUUGCCCUGGGUUUUGGGGACCUGAUUGUAUGGAAUGUCCUGGUGCAGCAUCAUCCCCAUGUAACAACAGAGGAACAUGCUCUGAUGGGAUGGCAGGAAAUGGUACCUGCAUUUGUCAGGAAGGAUUUGCUGGAACAGCUUGCGAGAAGUGUACUGAUGACAAUAUGUAUGGUCAGGACUGCAGCUCAGUUUGUGAUUGUGUACAUGGUGUUUGCAACAGUGGGAUCAAUGGAGAUGGUAUAUGCUUGUGUCUCUCUGGGUAUGGUGGACCUAAGUGUGAUCAACCUUUGCCAGAAUGUGCGGAACUGAGUUGUAAAGAAAAUUCCCGGUGUAUGAGUUCAAGCACAGGUGCCAUGGAGUGUCAAUGCUUGCCAAAUUAUGAAUUGAACGGAACAAAAUGUGAACCUAUUAAUCCAUGUUUGAAGAAUGGUUGUCUUGGAUCAGCUGUUUGCACAUAUUUGGGGCCAAACCUACACAAGUGCACAUGUGAGGAGGGCUUCAAAAGCGAGCGUAAUAUGUGUGUCUCAAUUGACCCUUGCAAGGAAAACCCUAGAAGUUGCUAUGGGAUAGCAUCCUAUUGUGUACAUGCUGGGCCUGGAAAGUUUCGUUGUCAAUGUGAAAAAGGAUACAAUAAAUAUGAAGCUGGAAUCGGGUGUCAGCCGAUCGAUAUUUGUCCAACCAAGAGCAAGUGCAGCAUAUAUGCUGAUUGCAUUACUGUUAGCCCAGGUGUAAUGAGAUGCAUAUGCUGGAAGGGAUACGUUAGUGACGGUCUUGAAUGCCAUGGAAACAUCUUAGACCGUAUCAAAGAAAUUAAUAGAGAUCCUGGACAAUGGCAGGGGAAACUCUCCACUGCUAUAAACCUGUUUGAGGCAUAUUCGUGGCCACUGAGUUCACUGGGACCGUUCACUGUUUUUGUACCUAUAAACCGAGGCAUCAAAGGGAAAUAUAUACAGAAUGUUAUAGCAAACAAAGAAAAUGCGCUUUACUUUAUUAAACUUCAUAUGAUUGCUGGGCAGCUGAAUGCUGAAGAUUUCAACAGCACUGAUUUAAUUUAUACACUGACUGGAAAGUCGGGAGAGGUAACAGACGUGGAUAAUGAGCUAAAAAUCAGAAUUCGUGGUGGCAAAAAGAGAGCGAAGAUUCUACAGAAGAAUCUAAUUGCCUCUAAUGGAAUCAUACACAUAAUUGAUAAGGCUAUGGAUUUUGUGGAGCCAACCCUCGAGAGCAACACUAAAGAGACAAUCAUGGAAAUAUUACAGGAAAAUGGAAGAUACAAUCGUUUUAGGUCACUGCUGGAGAAAUCGAACCUUGGGUCAUAUUUAGAGAAAGAAGGACCUUACACAGUUUUUGUUCCCAAUAAUGAUGCCCUUUCUGGAAUGGAAAAUGGAACUCUGGACUACCUGCUAUCUAAUGAGGGCUCUAGGAAACUUCUGGAACUCAUGAGGUACCAUGUUGUUUCAUCUGCUGAGCUGGAUGUUGCAAACAUUAUAUCAUCAACUCAAAUUAUGAGCAUGGCAAACCAGCUAAUCCAGUUUAACACAACCAGUAACGGAAAAAUUUUAGUCAAUGGAGAAGAGGUUGAAGAAGCUGAUGUUGCAGCAAAAAAUGGCCGAAUUUAUACUCUGGGUGGUGUUCUUAUUCCUCCUUCUAUACUACCCAUCCUGCCACACCGAUGUGAUGAAACUAAACAUGAGCUAAAACUUGGCGCAUGUGUCUCCUGCGGCCUGGUCCUCCUAAGUAAAUGCCCACGAGGAUCAGAAAGUACAUCUCUUUUCGCAUUCAAGUGUUCAUUCUGGAAUUCUGUUAUGGGGAGUGAUUUUCCCAGAGCUGGCUGUUCUAGGUAUUGCAAUUACACUAUUACGGUGCCCAAGUGUUGUAAAGGGUUUCAUGGCCCUGAAUGUAGACCCUGUCCCGGGGGCUUUUCUAAUGCUUGCUCUGGAAAUGGAGAGUGUAUGGAUGGCAUGACAGGGAAUGGGACCUGUAUUUGUGAUGAGGCAUUUACUGGUUCUGACUGUCGACGUUGUUUAGAUAACAAAAUGUAUGGACUUCGAUGUGACAAAAAAUGUGGAUGUAUCCAUGGAAUAUGCAAUAACCAUAUAGACAGUGAUGGCAGCUGCGUGGCAGGGUCCUGUAAGACCGGAUAUACAGGGAAAUUCUGUGAUAAGAAGACUAUGCCGUGUGGAUCUUUGGUGACCUACUGUCAUGCCCAUGCAGACUGUGAAUACAGCAAAGGGACACCCAGUUGUGUCUGUAAACCAGGCUAUGAUGGGGACGGCAUACAGUGUAGAGAAAUGGAUGCCUGCGUUGCUACUGAUAGAGCACUCUGCAAUCUCAAUGCUGAAUGUAUUCCAAUGGGCCCAGGAAUUCACAAGUGUGUGUGUCGGGCAGGAUGGGCUGGUGAUGGACUGGACUGCUCAGAGAUCAAUAAUUGUCUCCUUGCAGAUAAGGGCGGAUGCCACUCAAAUGCUACAUGUGUAUAUAUUGGCCCUGGCCAGAGUGACUGCGAGUGCAAUAAAGGGUUCCGAGGUGACGGUAUGGAGUGCGAGCCAGUUAACACUUGUCUGGAAGAGACUCAGAAGUGCCAUGCUUUGGCGACAUGUAAAAAAGUAGCGUCUGGAUUCUGGGAGUGUGUUUGCAAUGAAGGAUAUCAAGGAGAUGGGAAACUAUGUUAUGGGAAUGUAGGAGAUGUGGUGGCAUCACUCCCAGAAGCUUCUGAGUUUCAUAAAUGGAUAGAGGAUCCAGACAUAAAAUUCUUGAUUUCCCAAUCUCCAAAUAUGACUGUGCUAGUCCCCACUCAACGAGCAUUUGAGAUUAUGAACACGCUGGACAAGACAUACUGGAUGAGAAAAGAGAAUGUGCCAACAUUGCUAAAGAAUCAUAUAUUGUCGGGUGUCUACAGAUAUGAUGACAUAAAGAACUUGUCUUCAACUGACAUGUUGGCCACCUCUCUUAAAAGUAGUUUUCUGCAUCUUUCUAAAGAAAAUGGGAAUGUCACUGUUGGGGGUGCAAACUUUGUUGUCGGUGAUAUAGUAGCUACAAAUGGCAUUGUGCACCUUAUUGACAAGGUAUUGGCUCCAGAUCAAAUCACAGCUGGCCCAAAGCCGGACCUUAUGACCAGACUUGAUCAGAUGCCUGAUUACUCCAUCUUCCGUGGCUAUAUGAUUGAAUACAAGCUGGCAAAACUGAUUGAAUCUGAAGACUCUUACACAGUAUUUGCGCCUCAUAAUGACGCUAUCAACAGUUAUAUCCGCACCAAAAGUCCAGCCACUCUAGAUGAAGAUACAGUCAGAUAUCAUGUCAUACUGGGUCAGCAGCUGAUGAAGAAUGAUCUCAUUGAAGGCAUGCAUCGGGAAACCAUGCUGGGGGUUUCAUUCCAAGUUGGAUUUUUUAUGCACAAUGGACAGCUCUAUGUUAAUGAUGCCCCAGUGAACUACACUAAUGCAGCCACGGAUAAAGGAGUUAUUCAUGGAGUGGGAAAAGUUCUGGAAAUACAGAAGAAUAGAUGUGAUAGCAAUGAUACAGCUGUUACACUGAGCAAAUGUGGGGAUUGCUCAAUGGUUUCUGUCUGUGGCAAGAAUAUGAAUCCUCAGCCUGGUUUCAAAAAAGCUUGCAUUUACACAAAGUACAGCUUGGGAAAGAGAUUUAUCUUCAUUGGCUGCCAGAUCAUCUGUGCUAAAACCCUAAUUACCAGAGAAUGCUGUUCGGGGUUCUUCGGUCAGCAGUGCCUAUCCUGUCCUUGGAAAGCUGGGAACCCUUGUUUUGGAAAUGGACUAUGCAUGGAUGGUAUUAAUGGCACAGGAGUUUGCCAGUGUGAAGAUGGGUUUAUUGGAACUGCUUGUGAAAGUUGUGCUAAAGGGAAAUACGGUACUCGUUGUGAUCAAGAAUGUCUUUGUGUCAAUGGAAAAUGCAGUGAAGGGAUAACUGGCGACGGAUCGUGUCAGUGUGAUGUUGGCUGGAGAGGUGUUAAAUGUGACAUUGUGAUUAAAGAAGAUAAGUGCAACAAGAACUGCCACACUAGUGCAAAUUGUCUUGAAAAAGCAGAUGGCACUGUGUACUGUCAAUGUGCAGCUGGAUUUGAAGGAAAUGGCACCAUGUGUACAGCUAUUGAUGCAUGUGCUACAAGCAAUGGCGGGUGCUCAACAAAUGCAGAAUGUCGAAAAACUACUCCUGGAAACAGAGUGUGUAUCUGUAACCCAGGCUACACUGGAGACGGGAUAAUAUGCAUUGAGAUUGAUCCGUGCCUGGUGAAUAAUGGUGGCUGUGAUCAAUUUGCUGAGUGCACCAAAACUGGCCCAAAUCAGUCUGUCUGUAAUUGUUUGCAAACAUACAGUGGAGAUGGUAAAAAGUGCAGUCCUAUUAAUCCAUGCUUGACGAAAAAUGGUGGUUGUAGUGAGUACGCCACCUGCAACCAUACUGGACCAGCUGAACGCACUUGUACAUGCAAGUCUAAUUAUAUCGGAGAUGGACUAAACUGCAAGGGCAAUAUAUAUGAGGAACUAAGGAGAAAUACAAAAACUGCUAAUUUCUUUUAUGUGCUGCAGUCGAAUCUCAUUAAUGAACUUGCUGCAUCCGGUCCAUUUACUGUGUUUGUGCCCAGCAAUGAAGCUUUGAAGAAUGAUCCCCGUGUAAAAGAAUGGACCACUAAGGGGGUAAUGGAUCAGGUUCUAUUAUAUCACAUUGUAACCUGCACGCAACUAGUUAAGGAUGACCUUUCAUCAAUGACAUCACUCACAUCACUGCAGGGUGACACAGUGAAAAUCUCAUUCUCCCAGAACACUGUUGUUUUGAAUGAAGAUGCAAAACUCAUAUCUGAUGAAGAAAUGAUGGUCCUGACAAAUGGUGUUGUGCACUUCAUUGAUAAAGUUCUUGUUCCCAAGAAAAUGCAGGAGAGAUCGGAGAAAGCCCUGGAUAGUUUAAAAACAGUUGCAGAAACAAAUGGAUACAGUGCUAUGAUCAAACUGAUACAGAAUGCAGAUCUAAUGACUUUCAUAGAUGAUCCCGUACACCGGCCAGUCACCCUGUUCCUACCAACAGACCAGGCCAUUCAAACUUUACCUAAGGAACAAAAUGAUUUUCUAUACAAUAGCCAAAACAAAGAGAAGCUUGCUCAAUACUUAAAGUAUCACAUCAUUAGGGAUGCCAAGAUUUCUGCUUAUGAGCUCCUUACUAAGGGCUCUAUGAAGACUCUUCAGGGCUCUGACGUCAGUAUAAAAUGUGGAGACAAGGAUUCUGUUGGAGAGAUAUUCCUGGACAACAGACAGUGCAAGAUUAUCCAACGACAGCUUAUGUUUGAUGGUGGGAUCGCGUACGGCAUUGACUGCUUGCUGGCUCCAUCUAGUAUGGGGGGUCGAUGUGACAGCUUGGUGACUUUUGACAUGACAGGGGAUUGUGGCCUGUGUUUUAACAUCCCAAAGUGUCCCGCAGGAAGUAAAUCCAAGGGCCAAAAGUCAAAGUGUCAGUACGAGGUGAGCUCUAGGAGAGUUAUAGAGGGCUGCCGCCAGGAAUGCACCAUGGUUCUCUGGAUGUCCAAGUGCUGCAAAGGAUACUUUGGCCGAGAUUGCCAAGCCUGUCCUGGGAGCCCUGAGAUGCCAUGCAAUAAACAUGGAACCUGUGAUGAAGGAUAUGCGGGCACCGGAGAAUGCAAAUGCAGUGCUGAAUUUAAUGGAACAGCUUGCGAGUCAUGUGCGCCAGGAAGAUAUGGAGCGAACUGUAAACCCUGUGAUUGCACGGAGAAUGGCCAGUGUGAUGAGGGCACCAGUGGAACCGGACUGUGUACCUGUGCAACCCAAUGGACCGGAAAACGUUGUGAAACAAAACUAGUGUUGCCACCUGUCUGCUCUCCUCCGUGUUCCAGAGACGCUGUCUGCAAGAAGGAUAACUUAUGUGAAUGUAAAAGGUUUUAUGAGGGAGAUGGAAGGACAUGUAAAGUGGCCAAUCUUUGCCAAUCAAAUAACGGUGGAUGUGACAAGAAUGCAAAGUGUUCACAAAGUGGUGUUAAAGUUACUUGUAGCUGCCUAAAGGGAUAUAGUGGAGAUGGCAAAGUGUGUAUACCAAUUAACCCAUGUGCUGAUGGACUGAACGGCGGUUGCAGUGAACAUGCCAUCUGUACUAUAACUGGACCAGACAAAAGUAAAUGUGAGUGUAAGGAGCAGUAUAUUGGUGAUGGUGUGAACUGUGAAUUAAAGAAACUGCCCAUUGACCGAUGCCUGCAAAGUAAUGGGCAGUGCCACGCAGAUGCUGUAUGUGCCGAUCUGCACUUUUUAGAUGAAAAAGUUGGAGUGUUUCAUUUGCGUUCUCCCAAAGGACAGUAUAAAUACAACUUUAAUGAAGCCAGCCAAGCUUGCAAUGCUGAGGGUGGAACUCUAGCCACAUAUAACCAGCUAUCUUAUGCUCAAAAGGCUAACUACCAUUUAUGUUCAGCGGGCUGGUUGGAUGGAGCAAGGGUGGCAUAUCCCACAGCGUACUCCAGCCCAAAUUGUGGGUUAGGACAUGUAGGGAUUGUCGACUAUGGGGUUAAGGAAAACAUUUCUGAGACCUGGGAUGUUUUCUGUUACAGAUAUAAAGAUGUGGAGUGUACCUGCAAGCCAGGCUACGUGGGAGAUGGCUAUACCUGCAAUGGGAACCUGCUCCAAGUCCUGACGUCUUUCCCUGUGUUUUCAAAUUUUGUUAUGGAAAUCUACAGAUAUUCUAAUACUUCAGCAAAAGGCAGAGAGUUUAUAAACUACCUAACAAACUUGUCCAUACAAGCUACACUUUUUGCCCCUGGCAAUGAUGGCCUGAAUGAAAAUGAGACGCUUUCUGGACGGGACAUUGAAUAUCACAUUGCCAAUGUUAGUAUGGUAUACUUUGGGGACCUCAGCAAUGGAACAUCACUACAGACCAGGAUCGGCAACAAACUUAUUAUUUUAUUUGGUGAGGAUGUCUCAGAUCCAGAGAAUCAGGUCCAAGCCAGAUAUGUAAGUGGAAAACGUAUAGUACAGUGGGACUAUAUUGCUUCAAAUGGAGUAAUACACAUAAUAGCUAAACCUCUGAAAGCCCCUCCUGAGCCAUUAGUCCUACAUGCUGGGCACGGAGUGGGAAUAUUCUUUGCCAUCGUCUUCAUCGCUGGUUUAUUGGCACUUGCGCUGUAUGCUUACAAGAAGUUCAGCAAAAAAGAUUUCCAGUUCCAACAGUUUCAUGAGUAUGAUGAAAAACAAGCAGUGUCUGAGUUUGACAUACCCCCUACAUCUAACAUUGCUAAUCCGAUGUAUGAAAGCGCUACAACCCUUUCCUCUCCGGAGCCUACGGCCGAGCCAGAGUUUCAUCCUUUCUCUGACACAGAUGAACAGCAGCUGAUAUCCAUUGGUGGCCGAAACAAAUGACUAUGAAUGGAAGAUAAAUCCAGUAUUGUCCAUAAUAAACUAUGUGCAUAUAAGCUACUAGGAAGUUGGAAUGAAGGAGAUAACCUUAUGCAAUCUGUGGGUAUCACCCUUCUCACAUUCCAAUCACUUGCCUGAUUACACACUUAGCAAACAGUAAUUUUUCUAAUGCUUUCUAGUUCCAAUGUACAGAAUCAUGUCCCAGGGUGUCAUGGAGCCUGGCUCUGGGGCAAUUCCCCUCCAUAUUUGGCUCUUUUACUGUGAAACUGUAAAUAAACACUUUAGUAUCGAUGAAGCUAAGGACAUUUUGUAGGCUUGUAAGUGAACUAGGUUACGAAAAACAAAAACAGAAAUGUGUCUGUAUAUGUUAGAGGAAUACACAGGGAACGAAAUAGGGUAAUUCUAAAGUAGCAAACAUAAAAUCUGUGUAGAUUGAAGUGAAAGUGUCAUCUCACAAAUGUAGCAGCUGCAUGUAUGGAAACAAACUGCUUGUAACGGCCCUCAUUUCUAAUGGGGCAUACACACAGGGCGACACAGUGCUGUGUGCUGAGCAAUGUAGGUCAGCACACAUCGCUAUACACACAGCAAUGUGUGCUGAGCGAUCUGUGUUAACCAGUGUUCUUUAGGUGAUCUAACUAGAUCUUGCCUGCAUGUGCUAAAGAUCUGAGCGGGAAAUAGCAACGCGCGGGACCGCACAUCACCAUCACUAUCGGGUGUACACCUGGAGCGAUCCAUGCUUAAUUUCUAAGCGAUCUAGACAGAUCGCUUAGAAAUCAUCCAAAAUUCGCCCCAUAUGUAUGCUUCAUAAGUGUGUGUUGUAUCCAUUCUGUCCCACAUUUCAUCAUGAAACACUGACAAUGAGGUAAGGAUAAAUGGACAUGUAAUAAUAAGUGCAACUGCUGAUUAUUGCCUGUGACAAAUCACACUUAAAUAGUAGUCGCACAGUGAAAUAGUAGUAGUGAUGUAUAUGUUGGAUCAUGUGCUUAAUCUUGGUUUACAUUUCAUGUUCAGAAUUGCACCUUAUACACUGAAAAAACAAACAAAAACACAAUGCUCACUGACUGCGAUUGUAAAUGAUCAAACAAACAGAAGAGAAUAGGAGCACUUUUUCCUUUUUUUACCACCAAAAAUGCGUUGUUUGUACACCAACUUGGAGUCCUCCCCCCCAAAAAAAAAUCAAUGUUCAAAGUUUAAAUAAAACAGGUUAUAAAAUGCUG